UUUAUUUUGACCGCCAGUUAUUGAAGGUGUUCGCACACCAUUCACAUGGCGAACGAGACUGCCGAUUAGGAAUAUCGUGAUCGGUGCGUAGAUAAUAAGAAAAUUCAUGUGAACAACAUUUUACAUCGUUUAUUGCAUGCUUGUGCGCUAUUUAUUGCAUGUGUUUCAUACGUUUUUAAUCAAUAAACGGAACAUAACCUUGCGCAUAUAUCAAUGCGUAACGAUUACAAAUGUUAACAGUAUACUUUGUUAUUUGACGAAAUCAGUAUGCCUGUAUCGAAAUUGUAUAAAAAGCGUGUCAACUUGUAUAGAAAAAGAAAAAGAAAUCCGAGUAUAUCUGAUGAUGACGAUGCGAUAAAUGAUGAAUUACUUGAAGAAAUAGAUAGAUCUGUGAAAUAUACUGACAAAAAAGCUGAAACGUGUAUACAAAACACUAUUACAAAGGAUACGUUAAAUACACCUAAUGAUAAUAAAAAACAUCGAAGUCCAAGGCACAGUGUUACAUUUAACAAUAUAUCUAAUGAGGAAAAUACAAAUGUAAAAUACAGCAAAAAAGAUACUAAAGCAAAGAAUGAUAGUCAAAAUUCAAUAAUUAGUGUUCGUAAAUUAGAAGAAUUAUGUAAAACUCCAAAGAAGAAUAUUGUAUCUGAUGAUUUAAAUGCAGGAAGUGUUAAAAAGGAAAAUGUGAACAGUCCUGAUGUUUUUAGUCCUCUCAUUUCAGGUAUAAGUAUGAUGGAAUGGAAUUCUCAGACUAUUAAAUCUUUAUUAGAAACACCUAUAUCAUCAAAGAAAGGAAAAUAUAAUUUAAGUAGUAAUACACCUAGCAGUCGAAAAAAGAGAAAAAGUAGUCUUAAUCUUAGUGAUUAUGAUCAGUUGUCCGAUACGUUUAAAUCAGAUUUAAGUAAUAAUGUUUUACCCGAUAUGGAACCUAUUGAUAUGUUGCAUGAUUUAAAUUCUGUAAUGGAUUUUGAAGACAUUAAAGUGCCUGCAGAUAUUUUUACCUCAACAGUUAACAGUACCAUGAACAAUGAAUAUAAUGUAGAAAUGUCCAAAGAUCCACUAGUUGAUCCUCUUUUUAUUGAAAACCAAGAAGAAUGUAAGACAGUUGAUGAAGAUGUUGAUCAUAAAAACAAAAUCCAUGUAAGAAGGACUCGUAGUGCAAGUAAAGCAAGCUUGCAAUUAAAUGGUAAUAAAGAGCUUACUGAAGAACUAAAAGUCAAGGAUAAAGAUACCUAUGAUUUAAAGGAUAUUUUAGGAGAAUUGGAUAUUGAUUUAGAAACAGAAACAGAGAGUGAUAAAAUACCUAAAGAGGCUAUAAAAAAAUUAUAUAAUUUAAAAGUACAACUUAUACAUGUUGUACCAAACCAACAUAAAAUUGAACAAAGAGCAGCCUCAAGAGGAAUAUCUAAAACAGAAAGGCUACAAUUUUUAAAAUAUGGUCCAAUUAAAAAAGGAGUAUUUACUCCUAAUGAAGAUAAAGUCAUUUUACAUAAUUGGAAAAAAUUUUGUGAAGUUCAUAGCUGGGAUCCUAAACAUGUAAAGCCAUUUAUUUGUUUAAAAAACAAUAAAUCAUUUUAUAUGAGAAGCAAAGAACAGAGGAUAAACUUCCUUCAAUUUUUAGCAAAUGGAUUACCAUGGAGAUCAUUGUUCAGUGUUUAUAAUAGAUUCAAGUAUUUACAAUUUAAUCGUGACAAAAAUUAUAAAAGAUAUUCAUUGGACGAAGAUUAUAAAAUUUUAUCUUACAUGAAAAAUAAACAACCAAAAAACAAUAGAAACUCAGGAUUUUGUGAAUUAGCUAGGGAAUUAGGACGUUCGCACCAUUCCAUUUGGUUACGUUACCAAUUGUUAAGAAAAAUAGAGAAAGAUAAAGAGAAAAAGCCAUUAAAAGAUAUUGAGUGGACAUUGCCUUUAAUUGCCAAAUUUAUAGAAUGUCUUAUGGAUAUAACAUUGUGUGAUGAAUUAAUUGAUUUAAAAGAUGCAACUAUUCCAAAAGUAAUUUGGCAAAAAUUAGAAGAAAAAUUAAAUAUAGAACAAAAUGUAUUGAAAAUGUACUGGAUACAUCAGUUGCACAUGCAAUUAUUUUGUCCAGAGCCUAUUUAUUUAAAUGAUAUAAAGAUAAAACUGAUUGAAUACAUAUACACAAAAGGAAUUGCACAUACGCGAGAAAUAAUUUGGCCCGAUGUUGCAAAACACUUUGACGGUAUCACUACCAUAUUUUUAUGUAGAACAUUUUAUUACCUUGUAGCAGAGGCUGGUAUAAAACUUGCUACAAAGAAUUUUCACAGAAUCAAUAAAUAUUUAUACAAGGAGAGGAUAGCUGAGAUACAAAAUGAAUUGACUGAUAAGUUCCUACCUAGGCUUUCAUAUGAUAAUGGAGAAGUGAAAGUUGUGGAUAUGGACCUAAGUGAAUAUUAAUUAAGUCUACUCAAAAUGCGGUAAAUACAAAGUUUGUAAAAAAUAUUGCAUGCAUUUGAAUUUUAAUUUAGAAUUUUAUCUGUAAAAUUAUAAUAGUUAUA